CCCAGAUAAAACGUGUGUGGUGAGCAAGCAGAAGCCAGAGAGGCAUCUUAUGAAGGUGAAAGUGCCAAAGCAGCACAGCAUGUCUGUGAGGGCAGUGGCGAUAGUGGCCAUAGUGGUGGCAGUGGUGGUGGUAGUGGCUGUGGUGGUAGCUGCCGGGACCAUGGGAUGGGGGUUGGCGGAAGAGAGAAUGAAGGUGGGGAUGGCAGCGGUAGCGGAGCCAGAACAAGAGAAAAAGCAGCCACGGCUGCAGCAGCCACGGCUGCAGCAGCCGCACCAGUGGCAGCAGCCACGGCUGCAGCAGCCGCACCAGUGGCAGCAGCCACGGCUGCAGCAGCCGCACCAGUGGCAGCAGCCGCACCAGUGGCAGCAGAAGCAGCAGCGGCGCCAGGGGCAGCACGGUUCGCCAAGAAACCCCUCAAGGUAGAAGACAUCAUGAAGCUGCUGUGCUGCGUCGCUGAGGAGAUGAAAAAGAAGGGGAGCUUGGAGCAAGCUGUGGGUGGAAUGAUCAUUGGUCAGGCUGGAGGCCCAUCUGGAGCUGCUGUUUGUAAGCCUUGCAGGGCAGCCAGCCUUGGGGGUGUUGUAAUAAAAGACUUUGAAAC